UGAUAACGUGUUUGUCAUGUCACGAAAGUCGCCAAUAUAAGCGUCUUCCCGUCGAUAAGGUCCCUCUUCUGAGCCGGGAUAUUUCUUUCUCACCAGAACAAUGGCGUCACGCCAGCGGAAGCAAACACAUCUAUUUACCAUCAUCUUCAUAUUUGGCUUUACAUCGGCGGCCCAUGCUAAACGAGGGGCCUCAGGCCCAUCCGGUGAGCUUCCGACGACAGUAACGGCAGAUCCGGCGAAGGGUACGGCAGACUCUGCACUAGGUCUAAACGCCACCACUCCUCAUCCGGAGAUUCAUACGACCAUUCCGGAACCGGUGACGCCUGUGAAUCACACCCGGGAGGUUUGCUACGAACAUGUCGGCUGUUUCAACAACAUACCACCAUACGACAACGCAUUCUAUGACUUGCCGGUGUCGCCCGAACAAAUCGGAAUCGAAAUCUUCUUGUACACAAGGGAGUGGCCCCUUCACAACGAGACAGUUCCGGUGAUCUAUCACGAUCUAGAGAGUCUCCGGAAGUCGCACUUCAAUCAGUCGAGGCCUACGAAGUUCGUCAUUCAUGGCUUCAAUAACAACAAGAACACGAAGUGGCUCCACGUGAUGAAGAACGAACUCCUGAAGAACGCGGACAUGAACGUUUUCCUCGUGUGUUGGGGAAAUGGCUCUGCCGGGCUAGAUUUCAACCAGGCGGUCGCCAACACUCGCGUGGUUGCCGCUCAACUGCGCUUGCUCAUACUCAACAUGAAUCAGCUAGGUGCUAGGAUGGAGGAUAUACACAUGAUCGGACAUAGCCUAGGCGCGCACACUUCCGGUGUAGUGGGGCACCGUCUGCAGACUGAAAGCAAUCUUACAAUCGGCCGAAUAUCCGGCCUAGACCCGGCCGAGCCAGCCUACGAAUUCCACCAUGAGAUGAUACGUCUCGACCAGGGGGAUGCCGCUUACGUAGACGUCAUCCAUACAAACGGAGCGCCCUUCAUUCCAAACGGCGGGGCGGGGCUGUUCCAGCCAUGCGGUCACGUGGACUUCUACGUCAACGGCGGCAAGUCGCAACCGGACUGCCCCAGUCUGUUCUCGGGAAUCACCAGCUUCUUCAGCUUCAAAAACGAUUCCAAGGAAAGCGCGUUAGAUAGUGUCGCAUGCAGCCACAGUCGCGCGCACGGUGUGUUCACCGAGUCCAUCAACUCCCUAGAUUGCCAGUUCCUCGGCUAUCCGUGCCCCGGGGGAUAUACUGAUUUCCAGACGGGCAAGUGUCUUGACUGCGGACAGGAGGGCUGCUCGAUCAUGGGCUACUCCGCAGACAUCUGGCACUCUUCCGGCUCCAUGUACCUCAAUACUCGUACCAGCGUCCCGUUCUGUGGGCACCACUACUACGUGGAAGUGCACAUGUCCUCACACACUUUGAACACGAAAGGCCGGGUCGAAGUAAAACUGGAGGGAACCUGGGGAACCAGCGAAUGGAUGGAAGUUUCAGAUUCGGAAAGUACGGAUUUAAAGCAGGGGUCGAUGGUAUCACGAGUGGUUGUGGCAGGCCAGAUAGUCGGUCGUAUAAAGGCGGCCAGCGUACGAUACACGAAAUAUGGCGGAGCGUUGUUUGGUUGGGGUGCCGGCCUGAACAAUCUGCGAGUCUACAAGGUUGUGGUCGUGUCGGGGGAAAAUAACGAAAGGGAGUGGUUCUGUGCCCGUUUAAACGUGAUCAACACCGGAGAGAGUGCAAGAUUCCUCUCUAACGCCGCAGAUGUGUGCGUCGAUGCAUAGUGCACGAGUCGCCAUUGUCUUUUUGUAAAUUACAUAUGUAUAAACAGUAAAACUCUGGCUGUGAAUAAAAUGCCUGAUUUGCAGUCCAAUUCAUAA